CCAAGGAGCUAGAUUUUAGUAGUAACGAAGGCGUUAAUAUUGGUAGUAAUUUAGUAGCUGCAAGAGCCAUGGCAAACGGCGGUAACGUUCGCUCGUUACAUUUUCCCGCGAACGUGCCAGCGCAUUUUCUGGCUACCGCUGGGCGUGCAUUGCCGUUGCGAAGAUGAAGGCGAUGAGGUUCGGUACGCGCCAAGCAUGCGCGCACCAGGCCCCCCGAGCCUCAUCAGCCACAGCGCCACCAUUUCCCGUUCCACCGGCCGACGUCGCCGCUGCAGGAAUGCCCGGGUGAUUUACAAGACGGCGAGCGCCAUCAACGAUGUGUGGUACUACAACCUCGAGUGCGAGUUCGAAACCCUCCGGAAAAUGGUCCAGAAGUACAAGUACAUUGCCAUGGACACAGAGUUCCCGGGUGUGGUCGUCCAGCCCGUCGGGGAGUUCCGCAGCGCAACCGAGUACCAGUACCAAACGCUGCGCAGCAACGUCAAUGUUCUCAAGAUCAUCCAGCUGGGCCUCACCUUUUUCGACGAAGACGGCAACACGCCUCCAAAUUGCGCCACCUGGCAAUUUAAUUUUAAGUUCAGCCUCGCUGAAGACACUUACGCGCAGGACUCAAUCGACCUGCUGAUACACUCGGUUCAAUUCGGCAGGCACAACACCGAGGGCAUCGACCCUAACGAGUUCGCCCAACUUAUCAUGAUGUCCGGGAUGGUCCUGUCCGACGAGGUCACGUGGGUCGCCUUCCACAGCUGCUAUGACUUUGCUUACAUGCUGAAGCUGCUGACCGGCGACAACCUGCCAGCGUGUGAAGCCGAGUUCUUCGAGCUCCUGCAGAUAUUUUUCCCGGCCAUCUACGACAUCAAAUGCCUGAUGAAGGAUUGCAGAAACCUGAGAGGAGGUCUGCAAAGAGUGGCCGAGCAGCUGCAGGUUGAGCGAGUCGGGCAGCAACACCAGGCCGGCAGCGACAGCUUGCUAACGGGCAUGGCAUUUUUCAGGAUGCGCGAACUGUACUUCCAAGGCUACAUAGACCAAGCCAAGUACUGCGGCCACCUGUUCGGCCUGUCCAAGCCGGAAGUCGUGCACCCGCCGCCCGGUGAAGAGGCGGAAAACAACGCGCCCAUGGCCUUCGCGGUCGGUUCCAGCACCGCCCAGCAAGAUAGCAGUCUGGCGUGUCAGCGCAUUACGCCGCAUCCGCUUUCCAGCACCGGUCCCGGCGUAGCCCAGCCCACUUCCAUCGUGGCGUCUCGUUGGACCGUGCCGAAGCCGUUUACCAACACUGCUCCCACAGCGACCCGCCCCACUUCGAACUGGGCGACUCGCCGGACUGUGCCGCUUGCCGCUUCUGGUCCCAGAGCCGGCCACCCCGCUUCCCGCUUUCCGUCUGGACGGACUAUCCCGCCGCCGUUUGUCGACAAUGGUCUAGGCGCCUCCCACCAUGCUUCCGGCUUCACGCCUGGCCGGACUGUGGCGAUGCCGAUAGCCGACACUGGUCCCCGCGCCACUCACCCCGCUUUCAGCUUGGCCUCUGGGCGGACUGGGCCGCAGCCGUUUGCAGAAGCCGGUCCCGGUGCAACCCGCCCAGCUUUCAGCUCGGCUUCUGGGCUGACUGCGUCGAACACUGGUGGCAACACCGCCAACUCCGCUUCCAGCAUGGCAUCUGGGCGGCCUGGGCCGAUGCCGUUUGCCGACACCGGGCUUGCGUCUCUCCAAGGGACCGCAUUCGCUACGCAGCAGACGUGGAACGCCUGAUCAGGACUUUUGGUGUGCGCGGCUCUCACUGAGGCUCAUCAGCCUCCGCAUCAUCUACCCUCGCUGUUCAUCCGUCAGCACGCCGACUUGAACUCCCGCCGCCGUCUCUGUGGCUUCAGUCUCCCCUUUCACCCCCACACUCGUUCAGCUUAUAAAAAUUGUUUUCUUUUCUUGGCGUCGCAAUUGUCGCCGUGUCUGUUCUUCUUAUGGGAAAUUCGGGUUUACAGCGUGUAUUAUCUUCUAUUGUCAGUGACAUGUUAAGCGCGCUCAGCCAACAAGAGCGUGCAGCGCCAGCUCUCCGGCGUCUGCGCUCUCAGAAAAUAGUUUACAGGUCGCACAGGCACGAAGGAGAGGCGCUCCAAUAGUUCAGCAACAACGAACAAGCCACGGUCACGGACAAAACGCCCGCAAGUACAAACAUCCAAGAUCGGCAAUGGUUCGUCGCGCCUGACAAGACAGCGCACAGGGGAAAUUCCUCGGGGAAAUUCUGACAAGGGGAUUAGUAGGGGGACAUCUGACCUCGCCUAGCGUCAAUUGAGAAGAUGCACCAGUAAAAAGGCGGAGCUUACUAAUUCUUUUGCAGACAGGUUUGCGCUUUGUAUCUUACGAACAUGUAUACCCACUCCAGGGUUCAAGGCACGGCAGCGCCUGAGCGUAGACAAUGCUGUGAACAGCAAGGACGGGACGGAAAAAAAAAAAAAAAAAAAAAAAGGUGAUUCGCCGGCGCAUACAUUCACUUAGCACAUAUGUAAAAUCAGCCCGACUCUUGGCCAAUCCCCGUGAUUGGGUAUGUGCCAAAGACGUUAAGGUCGUCAUAAUCAUCAUCACGUGCAGGUUCAUUUCGAAAGGCGCUUGCUGCUGCAUCCUUGACCUGUGAACGCCUGUAGGCAAAUGUGUGCUUACGUAC